CACUCUCGGGCAUCUCCACCGAGAGAAUCAGGGGACACGGGUCUCGAGUUUUGUUUGAUUUUAUCAGGGCCACCCAUCGCCGUAUCAGUCGAGCACAAAUAUUUCACUUGCAACUUUUGUCUGCUCGUCAUCUAAAUAAGCAUCAUACAUCCAUUAUCAGCACUGUCAAUUUCCAACCUUAUUUUUCAAUUGUUUAAUAUUGCAUUGUUUGAAAAUUAUGAAAAAUUACAUUUUCCAGUUUAAGCUUUAUGUUUUUAUGUUUAUUUUCUGUGGGUGCGACAAUGGUGUUUUGGGAAAAGCAGAAUCCAGUAAUGGCAUCACAUUUGAUAAUUACGAACCUGCUAAUACUGCACAUCAAGAACUAAUGAGCAUUCUUCAACAAUUCCUUAAUACGUAUGGAGAAAGUGUAGCAAGAGUAAAACGAGAGAUAAAAAAACGCGUUUCUACAAACGGCCGAAACUGUACAAAGGAACAUGGUGACGAAGUUGCUAAAUGCAUUCGAGGUUUGCUGCCUUCACUGAAUUUUGGGAUACCAUCAAAUCAUCACGAAACGGAGACGGUGUGCACAUCGUUCAAAAUUGCGAUCAAGUGCAUCGGCAAGUGGGCAGCCCAUUGUUUAAACAAAACAUCAGCCAACAAAUUCAAUGCACAUGUGGCCCCGGCUGUGGAGUUCUUUGCAUUUAUAUGCAAAAGUAAUUUCAGUCGAGCCCAGUUCUACGAGCAUGGUGACUGUUUCAGGAAAAUCAGUCCAGGAUAUGAUGCCUGUGUGGAUAAAAUGGGAGAAAAGCUAAAUGCACCAAACGCGGAAAAACUUAUGCUGCUAAAAUGUUGGUAAGUUACAACUUUCACUAUAAAACAAUAACACUCAAACCGUAAAUGUUGGUUUUCAUUGUCUACAUAACAUACUUUCACUUGAUGAACAUCAGCAUCUAAAUAGUUACAUUUAUACAUACAUAUAUCUACUUAGUUCUAUAUUUACUUUGUUGUGCCAAUUUCUCAACCAGGAAAUCAGUCUUCAAAUUUCGUAUGAUCAAUAUCCUGCUAAAAAUUUGCAGUUGAGAUAAAUAGGGUCUUAGGUACUUAUCAAUAUGCCCAUGUUGCAAUGAUCUUCUGUUUAGAAACUACUUCACAAAGUGGGAAUGAUGCAAUGAAAAUAAUUGCAACUACUAACUUAGGAGGGGAGCUUGCGAGGUUGAUAAUAACAGAUCUUGAUGCCCUUUGGA